AUGCGGAGUUGUGACGGACUAAACGUGAUGGCUUUAGCGCGGUUUCCUGACCUUCUAAGCGCUGGCAUCUUCUCCUUGACCACCGAGCCACCGCCAGCUCCGAUCUUGGGAUUCUACCUUGUGCACGAGGGAUUUGGACUUCUGAUCGACAACCUCAGGACUCAGCGACAGGACGACGCAGCGACACGGCUCUUCAGAUCGAAUCGCAUCGCCCCUCGCGACACUUUAGUCGUGUCGGGCGACAGGCACCGAUUCCUCUCAUUAACCACGGCGCGACCGUCCCAGUCGAACGACUCCCUCGAGGAGGACGACUACUACACAGCACCCCCGCCGCACUCUCCAUCAGAGGCCUCUGCGUCCAAUUCCUCUGUCGGCCCACCUCCCUUCUCCUCACUCUUUUUUGCCGCAUCCGAGUCCAGUCCACCCGAACCCUUCGCCGAGUCUGGGCCUGCUUCACUCCCAGCCUUCGCGCCUCCGCCACCUGUCGAGGAGCCACUCGACCCGGCCCCUUCGUCGUCGGUUGUCACAGACACAAAAGCUUCCUUCGCGGAACCAAAGGGUGACGGCCUCGGGAAGAGUGCCGACGACGGGGAACCGCCGCCGCCGUACACAGAAGGCUACAGCCCCCUUGAGUCGUUCACGUACGUGAUGGCUGCGGCAGGAGGUGCCUCGAGUAUCAUCACCCAGGUGCAGCAGACGGGAGGGCCACCGAUCAAUACGUUGGGAGAUAUCGGCGGAGAUGAACAAAUUACUCUCGAUCUCCGUGGUAUUCGGUUUACGCUAUCCCGAGAUGAGUUGUUAACACUACCGGAAUUCGUCCUUCUGUCUCUCUUCCCGAACGGGCUCCUCCCCGAUGGACAUAUGGGUGGCUUCCAUGAAGGGGACAUCUAUCCUGUUGAUUAUGACCCCGCAGCCUUGCAAUACAUGCUAGAAUUCUUCCGCUCGGUUGCUCAAUCCAUCCCAUCCUCGACGCCUUCUGCUUCGACGUCGCCAGAGGCAGACUUGCCCGACACAAUGCAUGGUUCUGCGCGCGAUAUGCUCCAAGACCGAGCCGGCAUCAUUGUCCUGCGAGAAGAUCUCGACUUCUAUGUCAUUCCACCCCGGUCUGAUAUUGGGCAUGAAGAGAUGCUAGAAGUCAAACGAGCUGCAGGCAGAACGCUGUUGAAGCAGGACGGGAUCUUUUCAGGGUUGAGAAAAAGCGAGGAAGUCGGGUCCACGGAGCAGCACCUGAUUGAGAUGCUGACUGCUGGAGGAUUUGAUCGCGAGGACAAAUGGGGGCACCGAGCUCCAGAACCCAACAAGGCAGUGAUUUGCAGCCUUGGUCUGGCCAAGUUGCGCACCGAUAUUCGGGGUGACCUGUCCAACAAUAACGCUGUCGGCAUGGCCCAAAAGCUUCUUCUGUUUUGGCGAAAGCCCGCUCGACGAUGCUGGUGGGAGGGCAUCGAUCUGGAUGGCGUUGACGGCGUCGAUGGCAAGAUCAAGAUCUGGAUUCGGCGAGUCUGGACGCUGGAAAUGAGUGUGAUCGGCCUG